UUAAGAUCCAAGAUGGAGGAUUUCUUGGCUGCUGUUCGUUCUCUUUGUGCCGAUAAAAAUUACGGAGAAUUAGCGAAUUAUUUGAACCGUUCUACGGAUUUGUUGACAAAACAUGCAGGACAAAUUGAUGCAGCAAUUGGAUCAUUAGAUCCUGAGCAACAUUCCAUGGCUUUCAUGGCAUUAUUACUUGUGAAGUUAUCACUGCCUAGUUAUGGUGACUUUGAAUUGUUAUACACACAGAUUCAACAGUUUGUCUCUAUCUGUUCAAGAGAACAAAUUCAGUAUUCUGUAGAAAAAUUUGCACAUUUAUGCCAUUUUAUGACAAAAUGUCUUGUUGAUAUGAAACAGCCAAUGAGAGGAAUCAAGAUAAUGACAAUAGCUAUUCAAAAAGCACAGCUAUCCUCUACACAGUUAACCUCCAUCCAUGCAGACCUUGCUCAGCUUUGUCUUGUGGCAAAAUGUUUUAAACCUGCAUUGCCUUACCUUGAUGUUGAUAUAUAUGACAUUAACAAAGAAGGAAAUAAAUUUGAUGCCAAGAUAUUACUGAGUUAUUAUUAUUAUGGAGGAAUGAUUUAUGCAGCACUGAAGCAAUUUGAUAGAGCACUAUACUUCUUUGAAGUGGCUGUGACAUGUCCUGCUAUGGAUGUCAGUCAUAUUAUGCUUGAGGCGUAUAAGAAGUUUAUUUUGGUUUCUUUGAUACUCCAUGGAAAGAUAACAGGCCUUCCAAAAUAUACUUCAAAUGUGGUGCAAAGGUUUCUUAAGCCAUUAAGUGCUCCUUAUCAUGAGUUGGCAACAUCAUUUGCAUCAAAUAACCAAGGAACUCUACAAAGUGUAAUCGCAAAACACCAAGAAACAUUUGCUAGGGAUAACAAUGUAGGACUAAUAAAACAAGUUAGAAGUUCCAUUUACAAAAAGAAUAUCUUGAGAUUGACAAAGACAUUUUUAACCCUUUCACUGAGUGACAUGGCAAGCAGAGUGCACUUGAACAGCCCAAGAGAAGCAGAACAACACAUACUUCAUAUGAUAGAAGAUGGUGAAAUUUAUGCAGCUAUAAACCAGCGUGAUGGGAUGGUUUGCUUUCAUGACAGCCCUGAAAAAUAUAACAGCCCAAAAAUGCUUAAAAAAUUGGAUGAUGAGAUUCGACAGUACCAACAACUUGAUGAAAAGUUGCAGAAUAUGGACAGACAACUUGCAGUGAAUCCGCAGUUUGUGCAAAAGACUAUGAGCAGUCACGCUGAUGAAGAUGUAGGUAUUGGGAGAAUGAGAGAUGAUGUGCUAAUGUAGUGUAUCAUAAUAAAUGCAUGAGAUAGUGACUGAGGUAGUCCAAUGUGAAGAGAGAACGACGAGAGAAUACUCCAUAAAACAUGUAUUUAGAUUUUGAGAAAUGUACAAAAUGUAAAGAAAAAUGCUUGUAGAACAUUUACCAGUGGCAUAGAUAUGAAGAUGUUGCUAGCUGACUGACCAACACUUUUCGUUAAAUAAAGUUUCUGGUUCACGACUUUAUGGACAGUAUUUUCCUCAAUUGUCCACGUUGACCAGAAGAUGUUGUCUCGAUGACAACGAAACGUA